GGAUUCAGUCUGUCACUAGGCCUCAGUUCGCAGGGACGACUAGCAAGGUCCUCUCCUAAUGUCGGCCAUAAGCAGAAGGGAAAAGGGCAAAAGGGACGAGAUCCUCGUGAUCUCCCACUUUAUAUGAAGUAUUCACGUGAAUGGGAUGUUAUACACAGUUGGUCAGUUUCUUGCUCACUUGCUUCUCGUUGCCCCUCUUGCGAGAUGUCCAUCCGUGCUUAUCAAUAAGUUUGCAUUCCAUUGCUAGGUUUACCAAAACAUGUGUCUGGUUCUCCAGGAAAAUGCAGUUAAUAUGAAGGCUUUAGCUGACAGGCAAAUUCACUAAAAGAGAAGUUUGUUUUUAGCAAAACCAGGACACCGAUAAAAUUAACUCGGCCAACUUACAACUCCUGUUAGUUAUGAAGAAUGUUCAAAAAGGCACUGCCAAUUUAAAAUGAUAUAUAAUGUAUCUGUUCUGCGUCGUCUCUGAAUGAAAGUAUGGGGAAUCCUGUAGCGGACUGAUUUAAUAGAGGGCAGGGGGAACAUGUAGCAAAGCAGCAAGUCGAAUAAUUGAAAAUUUUUGGGUAGGAAAAUUACACAGGUAACAAAGUGUUUUGAGAAAAUAGUAGGUGUUACCCAAGUAGUAUCAAAUUUAACCAGAAAAUGUCAAGGAUUUUUAUGAAGAUUGUUUUAAUGUAGAAUUGAGGAAAGGUGGUUUUUUUUAAUAUGGAAGAGUGUUUGGGGGGGGAUAUUUUUGAUCCUCAUAUUGCUCACAAAAGCAAUACCACUUACAAUUCAUGAUAGUGCAUACAGCACUUUGUUCUUUCUGACUAUGUGAGUAAGAUUGGACUUUUAAGAGAUUUCGAAAGGUUUACUCAAUUAUGUUACUUGUGAAGUUAUAGGAGGUCCUUGUGAAAAUUGCCUUAAUUGUUUAACUGUCCAAAAGGCUUGAGGUUUCUAUUACUGGUUGUUUAUUAAGCAGCUUUCACAAGGAAGUGUUUAAAAAUGUGGUGUUAUGAAAAUCUUUAAGCUACCCGAAAUUGUCUGACAGCUGAGGGAUCACAUCACUUCACAUGUGCCAAACUUGGCAUUUUCAGUCAUAGAUUCAUUUAGUAGUUGUUACUGCAGCAAUCUCAGAGUCCAUUUAUAUUGCCCUCGCAAAGGCUUCAGAAGGGAGAACAAGUUGUUUGCCAAAGGAAUAUGCAUUAAAACCUGUGCGAACUUUGUCGUACAGAAUGGGCGAGGAGGAGGAGAAGCAGCAGCGGGAUGCAGCCGUGUGGAUGUACUGAAGGGUGAUCAGAUCACCGUAGUCAUCUUUUUCCACCUCCAGGUCAUUUUCCCAAGCACUUAAGCACAAUGAAGAUUUGGAAUUUUUCUGUAUUUCACAACUAUUUUUUUAUUGCCAUAUUAGAAAAUAUUCUGCUUUUUUCUAAUUUCAGCAGCAGAGGAUUUUUCAGUAAUGCAAAGUGAAUUUUCUUCCUAUUAAGUGCAGUUACUCUGUCAUUCUGUCUUGCAUUUCUGCCCUUUGCAGAAAACAAGAUGCCCACAUGCAGAACCAGGAUUCUUUAUUUAAGGAGGCCGAGUUACUUAAUGUGCUGUUUUAUCAAAUUUGGAUUUGCUAAAAUGCUUUUGCUGUUGUUUUUUCUCAAUCUUUAAAAUAUUUUCACUUUUCUAAAUUCCAGGGCAUUUAAGUAGGUUGAUAACUGAAAUAUAAUGAUGGAAUGAGAACUGUAUGGGUGUAAUAUAAGCAAUAUCUUGAAUAUCAGUCAUAUAUGGAUAUCUGAUAUAUGGAAAGUGUUUAGAUCUAUCUGUGUAGAUAUAUAUAUAUGAUAAUUCUUUUAAAGUCCUUUGCAUGUGUUUUUUGUAUUUUUAAUAACAAAAGUCAUGCCCUAGUUAGGUGAAAAUUUGGGGAUGCAAAUACAUUAACCAAUGGGCUAGAUUUUUAUUCUCUGUAGCUUUUAACUUAUUCUUUUGUUAUUAGCCUAUUUUUUAAUGUGCUAGAUUUCCAGGAUGGCCAGAUAUGUGAUUAUGGUGCUGGAAAGAGUCAUGUAAGUAAUCCUUCACUGUUUGAAGGCUCCGUCAGUCAUCUCAGUGUGUUGCCAUGCAGUAGUGGUAGGUAAACUGGCUGAAAUAACUCUCAUAUCUAGAUAUAUAAAUACAAAUAGAGAUAAGACUUCUACAGAGGAAAGACAUUCUCGAAACCUCAGAUCUAAUUCCUCUUGUAAAGGUAAUGAGCUGUACUAGCCAGGCGGAAAAAGUAGAGAGGUGUGGAGGACCAGAAGCUCUUUGAUCACGAAUUUACCUUUGAAGUAAGCUUAGUCAAUAAGAACCCUGCAGUAGGAUUUAGUAAAAACCCUAGAGUAUGAUUUUAGAAACACCUAGAUGCAGUCUGCAGUUUAGAUUUGUUGGUUUUUAGUACUGAAUAUGUUGCUAAGAUUGUGGCCAAGUUAUUAUAGCACUGCGUAAAAUGCUGUGGAAGAUAGGAAUAUAAAUUGUUCAAAGUACAGGAAAUAGCCAUAAUAAUGUUGGGGUUUUUUUUUUGCUUCUUGCUGUAGAAAGAAAAUGCAAUGAUCUAUAUGAAAGAUCUAUACUUGCAGAGGAAAAGUUGAAAAGAUGAUAAGAAAACAGCCCUUUGAUUAAAUCUGAGCAGUUUCAAAGUAGCCUGUGAAAAAUUCACCUUGUAAAUAGGGCACAUUUAUCCCAUAUAAGAGCUUGCCCUACAUGAACUCCCAACUUUAUCCGACUUGCUCUCAACAUGAGUGGCACAAAACUUAAUCUUUGGGGCAUUGUUUCAAAUAUUCUGUUUGUUCUGCACACAAAGGUGCUUUAACAAGUAAGCAUAAUAAAUUAUGUAGGCUUUUACCUUUUUAAUUUUUUCCUCAGCCAGAACAGGAGGAGUUCUGUAUUGGCCAGUGCAGGUAGGGUGAUACGGAAGUGAUGAGGGUACUAUUUAAAUGAAAAUCAAAAAUAAAAUAGGGCUAUUAAGGAAAAUGGCAUGGGCUACCGCAGCUGCAUGCAAACCAGGGAGUAAAUAAGGCAGUUUGCUUCCUUUGUGUGAAAGUAUGAGAUUAUGAUACCACUGAAGGCCUGUCAACCUACAGAACCCUCUCCAACAAAAUGAGUGAGCAAAAAUGGUACUCAGGCAUUUUAUUACCCAUUCUAAACUCUCACUUGUGAGGCAGAACUGUAAAUUGAAAAAGGAGACGGAAUUGUCUCCAGAAUCACGUAGUACCUAAAAACCAGUUUUGGUGCCUGCUCUCUUCUUGUGUUUGAUCCUGCUGUGAGGUGUCCACAGCAUCCAGGGUCACCCUGAUCUUUGGAGAUGGUAGUAGCACGUGUAGCAAAACUCACAGGAAAUCUAUUUCUGCAAGACUGUUUAGAUUUGUUAUUACGCUUUUGAGUUAAUGAUAUUUGACAUGAUAGCAGCAUUUUACUCUGAAGUUGUUCUAAUGAUGAUUUUGCCUGUCAUAUCCACCUUUGCCUCCUUGAAUUUCAUACAGGAAGUUGGGCCCCGCAGCCCGUCCUGAUGUACUGAUGUACGUUUUUAGGGAGCGGGAGAGUUGGCCUAAACAGUAUAACUAGAUUUUUUUUCUUUCAACUCUAAUUCAGUUCCAAUGAAAGUGAUAGAAAGGCCUGUGUAUUAGCCUGUGCACAGGCUUCAGUAAGUCACGUUGCCCCAAGCUGGUAGUAACUAAGUGAUAGCAACUGAAAGACAUUCUUGGGAUGUGUUCAGAGCAUGAAAAUGUAGUAGUGAGGCCAACAGCUUUCAUCAGGCUGAAACAGAGAUAAAAUAUGGUGGUGGUAACUAGCAGAAGGCUUCCUGGCAUGGAUAUGGCAUACCUCUAUCCUCUAUCUAUCCAAAUACUUUCUGUACUUUGAAAAAUUGUGAGCAUGUGUGCUUUGAUAAUUUAGGGGUUUGUUUUUGUUUGGCUGUUAUUGGUAAUUUUGACGGUUCCUGGUUUUAAUGAGAACUUAUUUAGAUUCUUGAUUUAUUUUUUUAAAUAGCUCUGAGAUGGUCUUUAUAAGAAGAUAAUUAGCAGGAAGUAUUAAGAGAUUAUUUUUAUUUUUUUUCCAGUGCUUUUCACAAUUAAUGUAUUUUAAUAUUAAAAAUAAUUAAAAUUUUAAUUAAUUAUAGAAUUAAUUUAAAAAGAAGACUUUAAUGUUUAGAUUUUAUACAUGUUGGAUUCUAUGGAGCCAUUGUUUUUACCAGUGUUCGUGGUGGUCUUUUGAUGAUAAUUUAUUUUCAAGUCUGUUAAUAGAUGUGACUGAAAUGAAUUAUUUUGUGAUUGCACAUCGUUGAAAUCAAGGAAAUCAACUGCAGAAAGGUGCCGAUACUAUCAUUUCAAUAGGGUUGUAUUGGCAUUUAAAUUGUGCUAAAGUACUAUUUAGUAUUGAAGUAGUCGGUUUUGUUUAAAGUGGAAAGAGAAUUGAAUUAUUUUCUUUAACUACAAAAUGAUUAAAACAAACGAAACCCAGUUCCAAUCCCUAAGAAUGUACCUUGAUAAUAAGGAAAUAUUUUGAUGAAUGUUUUAAUUACCUGAAGAUCAGCAGGGUUGUUCAGACGCGCUUAGAAGCGCAAGUGUUGUGUGGGUCACAGACCCUGAGUUGGGGUGUGAGUUUUGCAAGGCUGAAGCCUGAGAGGUUUUUGCUGCGGUUUUACUCGUCCUAGGACCUAACUGGCAAGGGAUAAACCACGUCCAGAUUUUAGAUUUACAUGUCACAGAAGUGCUCUUUCUAGUAGGCUACAACUUAGUAAGCCCUGGCAACUGUCCUUUUAAACCUUGUUGGAGUUGUUUUGCUGGUGUGGUGUUUUGUGUAUGCGUGUAUGCAUUUUUUUCUUCAAUAUAAUUGAAUUGCAAACUUCACAGCAAGACAUAAUAAACUUGUGUUUCAUGCCUGUCAGGCUCACAUACAGCUGAAGAAGUUGAAUUUUUUUCUUUAGUAUGAUUGUGGGGUUGUUCAUUUGUAUCUCUUCCUGUAUUCUAUAAGACUUGAAAGUUUAAAAUAUUGAAAAGUCAUUCGUUAUAAAUCUUAAUAGAAUCAUUGUUGAAGCCAUGAUUGCAAAAGCAAAAAUUUAGGGAUAAAAGCACCUAGCUAAGUAUUGUUCUUCUUAAGCUAAACUACUUUUGAAAAUGAAAACUAAUUUUAUCCUUUUUUCAGUUAACUUGGCUCAUCACAGGUAGACAUGGGUGGGAUUCUCGUCAGUUCUGAAAACUGGUGGCGCAGCCAUUAAUGAUGCACAAAUAUUAGUGGUUAAUGGAAGUCGUUGUGACUCACCCCAUCAAUGUGAACCCGCUAAUGAGUAAUGUUUUAGUAACCAUACCCUUAGGUAUGGGAUUGUCCAAAUGAAAAUUGAUUAGCAUGAUGCUAAAACCUUAUAAAAAGGUGCAUUAAAAUGGAGAUUUAGAGGGUGAGCCUGUUCAUAAAUAUACAUGGGACUGCUGCAAACGGUUAAUAAGUGGAGGGGGAAAAAGGUAGCAUCUACGUUAUACGACCAUAGAUAAUUCAAAGGAAUUUUGACUACUCAUUGAUAGAUAUGUUUAAAAUCAACCUUUGAAAACUAAUGAGUUCAGAAACAGCCUAGUAGCAAAAAAUACAUGGAGUAAUAUUUCUUACAGACCUGGUUUGAUGCUAAAAGUACUAAGUAUGAAAGAUUGUAAUGGCUAAGCUGUCUAGAAACGCCAGGUUUUUUCUUCACUGCUUUGAUGAGUAAAACUUGGUGGAAGAAGGGCCCAAGAGCAGAAGGCCUUUCCUGGAGUGUGAGAAAACGUCCUGUGAUUUCCAGACAUCUAGCAUGCCAAUAUAGAAUAAGUAAUCAUCUCCUGCUUGUAGUAACUUGCUGUGAGCAACAGAAAUGCUGUCUCUCUCUUUUUUUUUUUUUAAUAUGAUCACGUCUUAAAAAUUAAUAGAUUUGGAUAAUUUUCAUGUUUGCAUUUUUUGUCUUCAAGAUAGAAACCAAGUAACUCUGAAGUCUGAGUUUCCCCUCUGAAUGAAUACAAACAUUUCCAGUGUAUGUUAAGAAGUAGCAUGUGACUGUGGUCUUUGUUCAAAUGGAACAAUGGUUUGAAAAAAAUAAAAAGGAAAAAAAUAAGCAGCAGUCCUGUAAAAAAGACGUGAAGAAAAUGCAUCGUUCAUAACCUUCGAGUGAGUCCAUAGCCUUACACAGUGAGGCAAAACCAGCUAGCAUCCUGGGAUUGUAUAAAGUGGCAGAUGCUGUGCAAGGCAUGUAGAAUGGUCUCUCUGCUGUAUUUGGUGUUAGUGAAGCCUCAGCAGCAGCAGGGUGUAAUUUGGAGCACUCAAGUUCAAGCACGUAGGUGGCCCCAGGCAUAACAGCCAGAGGGAAGCAACAAGAAGGAUCAUAUAUCUAGAAAAAGUAACCCCCUGGGAAGCACUGAGCAGCAGGGAGCGCUUUUAAUCCAGGUGAUAGAACUGCAGAGAGAUGCAGAUCUUCAGAAGUUUAAGAUGCGGUGCUUAGGGACAUGGUUUAGUGGUGGACUUGGCAGUGUUAUGUUAGUGGUCGGAAUUGAUGAUCAGAAAGGUCUUUUCCAACCAAAAUGCUUCUAUGAUUCUACGUUUGGUAGUUUCCAUCUUCUGGUAUAAAUGAGUCUAAGUCCUUGCAGGGGAGGAAUGGUUGGUUGCUCUUUCUGCUGGCACGUAAGAGAAGAGGCAGUAGGAGCAACCUUAUUUGUUGCGUUAGAAGCAAAGAACCAACUCUGCCAUAGGGAAGGGGGGAAGGGAAAGGAUUGCCUGGGAAUUGCGCAGCCAUCAUCAUCAGAGACUCUAGGAUCAGGGUGAAGAGAGAGCGAUAUCGUCUGUCACAUCAGGCAGGUCAAAGAGGGUGAUAGCCUGAAGUUCUUCAUAGGUCUACGAACUUUUUGGUAUAACCUGUGGUUUUUUAGCUCCUUUAUUUGAAACUAGCCUGCUGCUUAGGAUUUCUGUUUGUGCUUUGCAAAUAAUGAUUAAAUUAGAAGAGCUUAAAAAUAUUUCAGUGAGGAUCUUCAGUUUCUCUUCAGUAGUAAGUGUUUAAAUGCACAAGAUUAGGUUUUGCAUAGAAAUCACACAAGGAGUCCCACAAAGCCAGAUCUAGGAGAAGAUAAAAGAUUUGGUGCUGUGUCAUGGUCAUAAGGCCAUUGUUCCAUGAGGAUGAAUUAUUCCCCUGCUGCUGAGUGGGGUGUUGUGGGGAGAAGGGUGAUUUUUCGUAACUUUUGUUCUGUGGGGUUGUCAGAACGUUGUCUCUGAAGUACUCAGCUGUGUAUUGCUGCACGGCUCUUUGCAUUUGGUUUAGGAUCAUAACAGCUUUCUCAUUUGCAUUUGUCUGGUGUGAGCAGAUUGUUUUACUUGGAGCAAAUGUGCCUCUAUUAGAACAAAAAUGGGUGACUUUACAAAGUUGAUACUUUUCAGUUAUAAAAAAAUAACUGUUUUGAAGUGGUGUGUUUUCAGAACACAAUAUAAAAAUUGCUGAAAGAUUUUUCUUCACUUGCUCAGCCCAAGUGAUUGGAAUAAGCACUUUAAACUUUCAUUUUCUCCGUAUAACUAAAAAUACACUGAAAUUUAACAAAUUUAACUGAAGUUUGUCCGGAUUUCUCCAUUCUGUUUCUAGUGACUUCUUAUUUUUUCUUUGCUAAUAAAUUUCUGAUAUGUAAUAAUUUGCCCAAAGAGACAAAUCUGGAAAAUUGCUUUUUUUCUGCACAUGAUGAACUUGAGUCAAAGGUAUCUAUCAAGAAUCUCUGACCCAAUUUUUAACUUCUGUUAGUGGACUCAAAUGUUUUCCAGGGAGUCCUCAAAAUGCUUAUGUUUUAGGAACACCAAUACUGCCCCUUAACUGCUUUCUGGUAGAUAUUUCUCUGUUGAACUUAAAUACGGAUUAAUGGUCUUGUUUGGAAAAGUCUUUAAACUAACAAUGUUAUACAGUGAAUACUAAUGCAAUGAUUUUAGAAUACGAGUCUUCAGAAUAAUACCUCUUUUUAAAUUUAAUUUUAUAAUCUUUAACUGUGAUUUGUAUCUCUUUACAGUGCUGUGACUAUAUCAGUAUUUUUGUCUGUAGUAAGAAUCUUCUGUUUCAGUGAAGGGCCUUUGACACUAGAAAGAGGUGAACUGCUGUGAAUGGUUAUUCUGGAGCUACUUGAGGUUUUUUUGUUGCUGUGUUUUAUUUUGUGGCUUUGGAAGACUCCUACAUGGAUUGCUAAAUUGUCUGCAUUUUUAAAUGUUUUCUGUAAAUCCUGAGAGAAAAAAAUCUGAGUGUGAAUUGAAUUGUAGCUGUGUGUUUUGCUAACCAGUACUGCGUCUUCUCUGUGUGUUUCUCUUAUCUGUACCUACCUUGAACUUGGAGUAGAAGGUCUUUGGGGCAGGAAUUGUUUCCCAGUGCUGUGCUGAUUAAUCAAAUGACAUAAUAGAGUCUUUGUGUGAAUAUGGCUCCUUGUCUCUAUAAAAACCCAAAUAGUAAAAUAUUUUAAAGUAAAAAUAUCAUGAGGAUGUUACAAGCAUUUUUGUAGAGUAUUAUCAACCUGUGAAAAUGCAGCAUCAGAAAUUGUACUUUUGGUCAAUUUAUUUUUUAUCUGAAAAAAUUUUGGUUUCUGAGUAAUAUAUCUUUAACUCUAAAAAUAUUAGGCAUGUAGCUUAUUAGCAUCCCAGUAUAUUGAAGCAGCUUUUGUAAAAGAUGUACAUACACUCUUUUUGAGUCACAGCGUAGAGUGUUUUCUUACUUAGCAGUCUGAAUUGCUUUAAAUUUCAACAUUAACUCUGAAUGUAAAGAUUUGUGCUGCUUGUUUAUUUCUAGGACUUUUCUAGAAGCAAUCAAAAUUGAAUGCUGCGUGCCCACAUACCGCAUUCUUUUAUGUUGAAGCACUACUUAUGUGGAGCGUAUACCUUGGUUAAAGAAAACAAAACGGGGUAGUGGUGUGGGACAAGUUCUUCUGCAUCUCACUGAGCUAAUGCAGCACAAUUUGCAUCUAUUAUUAUUAUUAUUGCUGUAGAAAAGAUAAAGGGAUAUAUUUUGCAUCCUGCAUCACAGUCAAGCUAUGAUGUUUUCUUCUGCCUUUAACCUGAUCAACAUGCAACACCUCAAAUUCCUUUUAUGUAUUUUGUACGUGGAUUGUACAGUUUCAGAAAUCCAAGUUGAAGCCUUUAAUGAGCAGUAGUAAUUAAGUUUAUCAAGGAAUUUUUUUUCUGGAUUAUUAAUUUUUUGCACCUUGUUUUACACAGUGUGAAUCGCUACUUCAUCGACAGCAAAUUGUGGUCUUUUGUCUCUUUGAAUAUUUUUACACUAGAGCCUUAUAGAUUAAGGAAGAUCUGACAGUUUCCCAGCAUAUGUGUUUACUAAAUUACAGUAGGAUAUUAGGAUUUAUUAUACCAAUUUUUAGGUAGCCUAAACUGUCUUUUUGGGGUAUGUUUUUCUCCAGAUCAAUGUAAACUGGGAAAUCAGAGCAAGAGCUCAGCCUUAUUAUAAUUCUUACAGUUUACAAUUAUUUAAGAGCCCCUGUUUUGUCCAGGAUGUACAGUAUGAGUGGGUAUCUAAAUCACACCAUUUCAAAACAAGUCUAGAAUAAAUUUUCAGCUUUAGUUGUGAAUUUCCUGAUUAUUUUCCCUCAAAAUAAGCACUGCAGGUUUGAUCAAUAUAAACAUGCUAGCAUUUGAGGAGUCUUCUGACUGCAGACACCAGGACUGGAUUAUGUGAAGCAGGACAGCAGAAAAUGUAGGAUUUAAGAAAAACCUGCUAAUAUUUUAGUUAUGGGUGAAGGUCCUGAGCGAGGAAGAGUAAAAAUUGCUGACAUGGGCUUUGCCCGAUUAUUUAAUUCACCUCUGAAGCCUUUAGCAGACUUGGAUCCAGUAGUUGUAACGUUCUGGUAUCGAGCUCCAGAGUUGCUUCUUGGAGCAAGGCAUUAUACCAAAGCUAUUGAUAUUUGGGCCAUAGGGUGUAUAUUUGCAGAGCUGCUAACAUCAGAGCCAAUAUUCCAUUGUCGACAAGAAGAUAUCAAAACUAGUAAUCCUUAUCACCAUGACCAGCUGGACAGAAUAUUCAAUGUAAUGGGAUUUCCUGCAGAUAAAGAUUGGGAAGACAUAAAAAAGAUGCCCGAACAUUCAACUUUAAUGAAAGACUUCCGGAGAAACACGUAUACCAACUGCAGUCUUAUCAAAUAUAUGGAAAAACAUAAAGUUAAGCCAGAUAGUAAGGCAUUCCACUUGCUUCAGAAAUUGCUCACUAUGGAUCCAAUAAAGAGAAUUACCUCAGAACAGGCUAUGCAGGAUCCCUAUUUCUUAGAAGAUCCUCUUCCCACAUCUGAUGUUUUUGCAGGUUGUCAAAUCCCUUACCCAAAACGAGAAUUUUUAACAGAAGAAGAACCAGAUGAUAAAGGAGACAAAAAGAACCAGCAGCAGCAGCAGGGCAAUAACCACACUAAUGGAACUGGUCAUCCAGGGAACCAAGACAACAGUCACACACAGGGACCCCCACUGAAAAAAGUGAGAGUUGUUCCUCCUACCACUACCUCAGGUGGACUCAUCAUGACCUCAGACUAUCAGCGUUCCAACCCCCAUGCUGCCUACCCCAACCCCGGACCAAGCACAUCGCAGCCACAGAGCAGCAUGGGGUAUUCAGCUACCUCCCAGCAGCCGCCCCAGUACUCCCAUCAGACGCACCGGUACUGAGCUGCAUCCCAGGAACGCCCGUGCACUGUCGCUGAUGCUGCGGGACCGGCCGCGCAGCUGCCCGCAGGGAGCCCGGCGUGGGCCACGAGAAUGUACUGUACAACCACACCUCCCACCUGUCCGGCCGCCACCACACACCCCCUUCCACAGCGCCGAGUGGCGGCUCCCGAAUCGUACCUGGCUUUUGGGGUUAGACUUGAAGAGAAAGUGCUAGCACAGUUUGUGUUGUGGAUAUGCUACUUCCAUAAUUUACUUGACAUGGUUCAGACUGACCGAUGCUUUUUUUCGUUUUAAUUUUUUUCAGUGACAGUCUGUAGCAGUUGAAGCUGUGAAAUGUGCUAGGGGCAAGCAUUUCUGUUGUCGUAUGUGGUGAAUUCUCUUGAUGUAACAACUUUAUCUGACCAAUAGUACACAACAUCUUUGGUACUUGAAGCAUACAGUUUAUGUUACCAUGGCAAAAAAGCAAACUAACCAUGACUCCGAUUGAGACGAUUUUGAUAGACAUUUAUUUUAGUGACCUUUGUGGGUUGGUUCGUUUUCCACCUAGAUCAGUGUUUUAUGACCGACACGAUUGCUAUGAUGAGAUUUUUUUUUGAGAACAUGAAAACAUUUGCAUUUUUUUCCAGCAAUUACGAAUGUCCCAAAGAUUAAUUUCUGACAUAAGUUUUCGGUUUUGUUUUUAACUCUAUGACUUGACUGGUAUUAAAGCUGCUAUUUGAUAGUUAAAUAAGUAUGUUGUCAUUGAUAUAAACAUGUUUGGUUCAGCAAACAAACUAAAAUGAUUGUCAUAGACAGUGUUUUAUUUUUUUCCUGUUGGUGUUAAUGGUUUGUGAGCAUGCUUUGAGAUUAAAGAAGCAUGAAUGAUAUUUCCUAAAAAGGUGCGGCAUCCAUUCAGAUAUUUUGUCAUGAUUUUUGAGAACCAGCUUGGUGUAGUGGAUUUUAAAUUUUGUUCACUUAAUUAUUUUUUUUAAAAGGUUCGCACGUUGUUUAGGGGUGCCAUUGCUACAGCGAAGGAUCAAGGUGUUAGGAGAGCCUUAGAAUUUAUGAGGAAAAACUUACAAUGUACUGUAUCAAACUAUUUUACAUGAAUGACACAAGUAUUCUGAAUUAAAAAAUCAAACAUUGUUAAAACAAGGUGUUAUGUAAUAAAUUUAUUUUUCAUAAAUCUGCA